GGCAUCCAGGGUGGGUCUUCGAACGACGAUGCUCACUUGUUCCCCCGGUUCGCCUGCGAUGGCGACCCUGGGACAGCUUGUGGCGAACAGCUUAUGGUUUGCAUUCGACGCUCUAGAUCACCAGAAGACAGGAGUCGUCACAAAAAGCCAGUUAAAGGUGCUGACCCAAAACGUUGGAGUAUUACUGAAGGUUGAUCGUCGCGUCGAAAAUUGCAUCGAGGACUAUUUGAGCUCGAAGCAGCUAACCUUCGAACAGUACCUGUACUUCUUGACACAUGAGGUGUUAGCUGAAGUGGAUGACGGUGCAACGCCUUACAAGGACCUGAAACUUCAUCAUGACAUCCUGGAGAACACCUUUUGGCUCCUCGGUAGGACCGCCUUUUUGCAGAGAGACACACCAGUGUUCUCCGAAGACUCCGUCUAUAAAUUAUUCCGUAUCUUCUGUCUCCUUGCAGACAGAUCGCCGUCUAGAAAAGGACUUUUGCAGGUGACACUAAAUGUACAAGAAAUGAGCGAAGUCACAAGAUAUCUGGUGACGGCUCUGGGGAGAGAAUGGGAUUGUCACGACUUCCACCAGUUAGCGUCCAUCAUCUCGUGCUUCACCUUUCCAGUCUUUCUGACUUUCCUAGAAGGUCGCUAUGCCCAGGACGCUGAGGUUCCUGCCCUCCAUCAGGCUGUGAAUGGCAUCUACAAUUCCUUCAUUGGACAAGUGCUGAAACGGGGGAAAGUAUACCAGCGCGCGUGGUGGGCUCCUGUCUGGGUGAGCAGAGAGCUGGAAAUCGUACCCUGGGCAGUAACGGCUCCCUCUCAGAAGCUCUCACCAAAGGCCGCGGCGGUCGCUAUUGUCGUGGGCAAAGCCGAAGUCCCUCUUACUCCUUCAGCAACCGUUCACAGCAUUCCAGACGAGCCUGAUGCAAGGAACUGCAGGUUCACGAUCUGCUUAGAGUCAAACAAACUAGUCCAGCUUGCCGCAACAGACCAUAGGAGUAAAAGCGAAUGGCUGCGAGCUUUGGAUACUGCCAUUCAGUAUUCCACAGACCCCAUGCCUUACCAGUCCAUCCUGAGCGCCAUAAGAAAGAGCGAACAUGCCGAAGAAGAAGCGCGAGAAACGGCUGAGAGAAUAAGGCGAGCAUCCCAGGCGGAUAUUAUAGAAAACACCCAGGCAGAACUUAUGGCUGAAAAGCUGGCGAGAGCAGAAGCAGAAGCAGCAGCCAAGCAGGAGGCCGCUGCCCGCCAAGAAGAGGAGAAGAGAGUCACCGAGCUUCAGAAGUUGAGGCUUCAGUUGGAGACAUUGCUGGAGGAGGAGACACAAGCGAAACGUGAUGAGGAAAUAGUCAGAAACUUGCAAGCUCGAGUCCUGAGCGAAGAGUGGGAGAAACGUGAGGAACUUGAGCGCCUACAGGCAGAGCAAAGAAGGAUGCUGGACGAGGAGAAGAAGAAGCGCCAGGCCUUCGAAGUCCUCCAGGAGGAAAAAGAUAGUCAGCUCCGAGAGGCUGAAAAACGACUACGAAAAUUAGAAGCAGACAGAUUACGACUAGACAGAGAACUUCGGAGUGCUCGAGAGAAGAUCGUUAUGUCAGAAAGAGGGAAAGAGUUACUUGAAGCCAAAAUGAAGGUAAAAGAGAGGACACCACCUGUGAGGACUUAUUCUCUCCGACCUAUCAGAAAAGAAAGAGGGUCGACACCAAUGCGAUCUUCCUCAUUCAAUGCUCAUGCUGCACGCUUAUUCAAAUUCCGGUCUAAAACGGAGGACAGUAAUGGUAAUGAAAAUAGCAAUGGGACAGUGGAAAGUGUGUGAAAUUUGCCUGCUUCCAAUUAUAAAAACUAAUUAAUAUAUUAAAAAUAAAGAUUAUCCGAA